AUGAGCGGGCAAAACUCCAUCACGUAUGACUGGGAUGAUGCAAUGGACCAGGCGUAUCCCCUGCGACCCGCAAACUCCGGGCUAGAAUCAGUCGUUGUGGAUCGGGGAAACAUCUCUAGUCGCGCCUUGUCGAGAAUUAUCGACGGAUGUUCUAGCCUGAAGCAAUUCAAAUAUAUGGUCUUCCACACGCCAGAGGUAUUUGGGAAACGCCUUGGGGAUGGACUAUAUCGAAACCCUCUACCCGAAAUGAGUAUUGAGGCCGUGUGUAUAGCAUUGCUUACCCAUACCAAGUUUAGCUUACGACACCUCCACAUCGAACUCACAGAGUACGGUUCCAUUUGUGGCUGUCGCCACGAACCCUGCCUGAAGCCAUACCGUCCCUAUAUGUCGAUCAACCCAAUCGCGCCGCCAACGACAAACUGGAGAUGGAAUGAAUUCACCCGGCUAGAGCGGCUCACCCUUGAUAUUGAUCUGUUUAGCAAUCUUGAAGGGAACGGAUGGCUCCCGUUUGCACAGACCCUUCCUGCUUCCAUUCAGCACGUUGUAAUUCUCGCUCCUCGCUGCCCUCCAGGAGCGGAUACGCUGGACUUUCAGAACAUGUUUCGUGAUUUUAACCCACAGAGCUUUCCAAAGCUUCGGUCAAUUAGCGCGUGGCAUCGAAACUACAAGGACUCUCAUGAACUCGGACACAAUGGAGCAGAGCACAUUUUGAUUGUCUACAGACUAGCGCUUGAACGCGCUGGGAUACGGGCAGAGGCGAGCACAGAGUACGCACUGGGCAGCGAUUACUUUGCAAAGCGGAAAAAGCCUUAUUGCCACUGGUCACGAGGGAUUAAAAUGAAUCAGUUUGGGAUGGAUGACUACAAUCUAUAUGCGUUGCCCGAGACGGACCUCAAGGGGAGAGUAGUGUUCGGGGUGUACCACACUGACAGAAGUGGCGACGUCUACAAUGGGAUUACAAUAAAAAAGGCCUAG